UUUUAUAUAAAUCCACAAUUGAUUUAUCAAAUAAAUAAUAAUGCUUUGGUUUAUGACAAUGGAUUAAUGGAAACAUUGCAAAUCCGUGAAGGAGUGAGAAUCCCACCACAAAUCCGAGAGUUUUACAUCCAAUACCCUCCACCUAGAAGUGUUGGGGAAAGUAGCCAACAAGCAAGUGGAAGACGUCGCCGUCGUAACGGAAAUGGAGGGAAUGGUCAACACGGUGGUGGACGUGGCCGUUACAAUUGAGGGAGAAGAGGAAAUGGAAGAGGAUUAAAAAUUGUUGAAAGAAUUGAAGAGAAAAGAUUAGUUUUAGACAAGAUUGAAAUUGAGAAAAUUGCUUUUAUUGAACAUUACCUCUUUCGUAAAUCCUCUAUUAGAGUACCACAACUUAGCUCAUGAAAUUCAAAGGAAUCCAUUUAAGUGCGGAAUGGAUAUGAACAAAUAAAAACAACUGGGUCCUUUCCGCAAUUGUUCUAUUCCAUCAUACAAAGAAUUUUCCUUAAAGCCUUACUAUAAGAUAAACCCAAGAAAAAUACAUUUCAAUUUAUGAUUUUUAAUUUGGUUAGUUACGGGGAAGGGGGGAAGGUGUAUUUAAGAUAGCCCUCAUUAUAAGCUACGAUUUUUAUUCUUCAAGGGUGUAUAGUAAGGAACGGCUGAAGUGGUAUAAUAAUAGAGGAUUUAGGGUAUAUAAAUUUGUUUCAUUCUUUCUAGAAGAUAAAAGUAA